AUUCUUAUAAAGAUAAGGUAAGUUGUAAGGACACUAGCUACACCUAAUCAGUUGGCAUUUUGUGUUUGUGUUUUUUUUUAAAAUCGCAAUGAGAUCCUGUCUGGUGUUUGUUCUCUUCUGGUUUUCGGUGUGGGCCGACAUUGACAUACCCAUCACUAAUCAUUGGAAUGGCGGCUUUCAAGGUGAAGGUUGCUUUGAAAUCACACAGGAACUUCAUUCUUGGACAGUGACCCUGACCUUUGACCAGCCCGUCACCAGUCUGAACGCCUGGACAGCUGAGCUGGCUGAGUCCAAAGAUGGAGGUAAAGUUUUUGUGUUACACAACAAGGAAUGGAACAAAGAUGAGCAUGUGGGGGACAAACUGUGCAUCAGCUUCCAGGCCUCGACCACCGGAGAUGUACAGCCAAAAAUAACAGCCUCUCUGUCCGGUGAUUCAGGCCCUGUGACCACAUCAGGACCUUUGACAGCUGCUCCUGGACAGACCCUGAAACCAACCAACCCACCAGGAACUUUUACCCCAGGAGCCGCCAGACUGGCCAUUAAUGGGACUUUCUUCACCUACGACAAUAAGAGGGUGUUUCUCUCUGGGGCUAACCUCCCUUGGAUCAGCUACGCCUAUGACUUUGGUGAAGGCCAGUUCCAGUACCGUAAGGCUCAGCUGGAGAACCAGCUGAAGCUGUUACACGAAGCUGGAGGAAAUUCAAUAAGACUUUGGAUCCACAUUCAGGGAGAGACAACUCCAGCGUUUGAGAGCAGUGGCAUGGUCUUAGGACUGGACACUAAAGGGACAUUCAUCAAUGAUUUUAUUGAUCUCUUAAAUCUUGGACAAAAAUACGAUAUACUCAUCACGCCAUGUCUGUGGAACGCUGCUGUCAACCAAGACACACAUAACAGACUUGACGGUCUCAUUAAGGACCCGGUGAAACUCCAGUCCUACAUUGACAAAGCUUUGAUUCCUUGGGCCACCGCGGUCAAAGGUCAUCCAGCUCUAGGUUCUUGGGAUAUCAUGAAUGAGCCCGAGGGCAUGUUAAACCCGGAAGUGUCUAAUCCUGAUCCCUGCUUCGACACAACUGCCCUUAGAAACAGUGGCGCUGGGUGGGCAGGGAAAAAAUACAACUACGAAGAGUUUCUCAGAUUUCUCAACUGGCAAGCUGCAGCCAUCAAAAAAGUCGAUCCGACAUACCUGGUCAGCGUUGGUGUCUCCAAUCCCAGAUUUAACACAGACAAGUACGGCAAUGUUGACCACUACUCGGACAGCUGUUUGGUCAAGGCAGGGGGGAAACCAGAGGGAGUGAUGGACUUUUACCAGUUCCACUCGUACUCCUGGCAAAACAAAUUCAGUCAAGAAGCAGCUUUCACGAAUUCGUUCUCAGACUACGGAGUCUCCAAGCCAAUCCUUGUUGGCGAGUUCUGGACACAAGAUGGCGGCGGCAUGACCAUCACACAAAUGUUUGACUACGUCUACAACCACGGUUACGCUGGUGCCUGGAGCUGGGACGUGGUGGGUCAUCCUGACCAGAGGACCGGAGUUAGCCACAUCAAAGACUUGACUUCCAAUGGACCUAUACCAAUCAACAUUCAUUAAUUGGUUUCCACUGUUAGACACUGAUUGGGAUUAGAGAAUUUGUUUCUCUUUGGUUCAGUGGGGGAUAGUCUGUAGAUGUUGAAUUCUUUUUCUGUGGCGCUAUUUUGUCAUGUUGAAAUUAACACAAUAUGAGGUAAAAUAAACUGUAUAUUUUGUACCAUUAAA